AUGAAACGAAGUGCUAAGACAGACGCUGUGUACAUCACUGGCCUCGGUCACGAGUAUCCACCCCACACGAUUCAACAGGAGGACUUUGCCAAAAUCAUUGAGAGUUUGUAUCCUGGACACUAUCUCUCGUCGCCAGGUAUCCAGAAGCUCGUCGACUUCAACACCAAAACGCAAAUCAAAUGCCGCCCCACUGUCUCGGAUAACAAUACCUGGACACAGAAAGAUGCACAGCCACCAAGUCUCACGUCGCUUUCACGCAGUUUCCGGACCAAAGGCCUCGAUCUCGCCACGGCAGCAUGCACCAAGGCCAUGAGCGAGGCGGGCGGGAACCCAGGCUACGAUCUUUUUGUGAGCGAGCGUCUGGGGCUGGGGCCCAGCGUGCAGCGCGUGCUUGUGCAGGGCGUGGGCUGUGCAGGCGGCUUAUCCGCGCUGAGGGCUGCCGCUGACAUUGCGGCGGCUGCAGCGCUCAAGCGGCGAUGCGCCCGCGUGCUCGUCUCGGCCUGCGAGCUCUGCAGCUUGUUCUUCCGCACAGAGCUCCACAACAUCGUACAUACCCACGAUCAAACUUUGCAUAUUGCCCCUGCCCUGUUCUCCGAUGCCGCCGCCGCCCUCGUCGUGUGCAACGGCCUCGCGCUGCAGACGCAUACAAGACCGGUUUUUCAACUCGCUGAAUGGGCCAGCUCAGUCGUGCCUGGGACGUCGGGCUUCAUGUCGUAUCACGUUGAGAAGAAUGGCAUGAUUGCAACCAUCAGCAAAGACGUGCCCAAAGCCGCAAUCAGCGCCAUUGCCCCCAUGUUCCAGCAGCUCUGCAACAACACACGGGGCCGGCCCCGCAAGACGCCAGAUCUGGACUGGGCCCUGCACCCCGGCGGCGCGGCAAUCCUGCACGGCGCAAAGCACGCACUGCAUCUUUCCGACUCGCACAUCCGCGCCUCGCUCGAUGUCUACAGGAACCACGGGAAUUCUUCCAGUGCCUCCGUGCUCAUCGUCCUGGAUACGCUGCGCCGCUUGGGGCCAGGUAGAGACGAUGUUGCUGCCGUGAGUUUUGGCCCGGGCCUCACGGUUGAAAUGUGCAUCAUGAGUCGGUGUCGCGGCGAUGCUGAUUCUCGGGCUGCAACUCCGCCGGGGCAUCGUGGAAAGAUGGCUUCGUUUUGCGGCGCUUUGUACUCGCGCUUGUCGAGGAAGGUUGCGGGGAGACAUGCGGCUGUAGUCAAGGAUGUGAGUUAGAUGCACAUCAAGGCGGUGUAGUUCUUCUGUAGAUGAACCGUUUACCUUGUUGUUGUUGUAUAUAGUGCGCCGGGAGGGACACAAAUCAGUGCCCAGUGCUGGAAUCGCCAAAGCCUUUGGUCGUAGAGAUAGAAUUUCUUGUCCUUGAAGAGUUUUUUCCUGGAAUUCUCUACGGCGAUGUAGCCGAGUUCGGUAAAGGGGGAAAAGAAAUAUCAUACUUGGGUUUUUUACUUCCAUCCUGCGUAUGCAAUCAGCGUCGUCUUUGAAGUCGAUGAGAAACAGGGGCGUUGUCAGUAACUCACAGUUG